AUGCGGAAGUUCAAUGGGAAGCAGCCCACUGACAAGAGUGCCUCCGUUGAUGCGUUCAUGGCGUAUGUCUACUUUAAUCUGGCUGAACCUUUAGCUGAGACAGCUCCCGUUGAAGAAGUCAGUGGUGCUGCUCUUGCAUCAUCUGGAGCUGCUGAAUCUGACUUGCCGAAAUCGCUCCUUGGAGGGGAUGUGGAUUACAGUGCGAAGACGUUCAGCCAAACUAGCCCCGUAGCAGCGCUGGAACUCAUGAAUGGGGUGCCCAAAGAUAGUGGCAUGCAGCCUCGCCAUUUGCAACACAUGAGCAUGGAAGCCUUCUAUGAGCUAUACUUGUUGUGGGGCAGUGGAAAUGGUGACACCCGUGAUGAUUUGGCCAAGAGCCGUUGCUUCUCCCUUGUGUAUGAAGAGCGCUGGAAGGGUUUGCUCCAAUUCAGGGAAACCAGUCAGCAUACCACACUUCAGAAUGAACGAGAUCAGCUUGAACAUGCUCAAAGCCAACACAUCCGAAAUGUCAGACACUACAGGAGUGCUCAGUCGCGGCUCAACACCAUGAGUGAAAUCUCAACUGCUGCAGGGCAGGGUGGGAGCAGUGCUUGCAUUCUUAAGCUUGACAUUGUAGUUGAAAGCUACUUUGUGUUGGAACCUGAUGUCCCAAAGGACAGUUCGACAGAGGUGACAUGCAUUCUCCGGGCACUUGACCAGGCAAAGGAAAUCUUGGAUGCACGUGGUGUGGCCAUGCCAUCGCACCUUUGCAUAGAGGACUUUGUCAACAUCAUUCAUCAGAAGAUCAAGCCAUCUCGGAAGCGAGAACUCAGGGCAGAGAUUCUCACAGGCAGCCUGAAUUGGAAGGCCUACUAUGAUCAGUACGACAUCUACAUGAGUGGGUUGGACCUGCCACUCUAUGAUGACAAGUCUGGGGAUUCAUGGACCCCGACAGAGAUCCCGGAUGAAACUUGGUGCCAUUUUGCUGAGAAACUUGUCAUGCCUUUGACAGCCCUGCCCCGCAACAUGCUUUCAGAUCGAGCUCGCAAAGAGUGGGAACGAUUUGCACCUGGACCAGUCCAAGCUGUUUCAGUAGCCCCUGUGAAGAAGGAUCUUGAUGACCAACCACAAAAGAAGAGGGGGAGACCUCCAAAGGAUCCAAACCAGCCAGCGAAGAGGAGGGGGCGCCGUCCCAAGAACCCUCCUGCCCAGAUUCAAGAGGCGAGUGGCGCAGCUGAAUGCCCCUUUGUGGAGCAAUCUUCGGUGGCUGCAGUUGCGGUGCCACCACCUGAGCAAGCUGAUCCAGUGGUCGUGCCGGCAGGGGCUGAGCCAAUGGUUGACCCAGGGGUUCUGCCAGACCUACCAACCCGUGCUACCUUUGCUGGGAGAACCAAGCUUGGAUCUGAAGAUUUCCAACAGCAAUGGGAAUGUCGGAGAUUGAUGUUCUACAAGAAUGUCCCCAAAGAGAUGUGGAAAGAUAAUGUUGAGCGUGAGUUCUGGUCCAUGUGUUCUGCUGCUGGGGACAAUGAUGUUGGCUUGAAGAAAUUCCUUGAGAAAAGAGGUCAUGCACCUGCUGCUGCAGCCCAGGCACCCAAGGCCAGUGCAAAGCAGAAGGCAAAGGCCAUGGUCAAGAAGCCUUCCACGAAGAUUCCUGGUCGUGGACGUGGACGUGGGAGGGGUUGUCUGAAAAACAAACGGCCUUGUAAGUAG